AUGUCUGGAUUUAACCCAAGUGAUCUUCUAUACACAGAUUUGCAAGAAACCGUCACAGAAACGUUGAUGCCGAUCUUGUUGGUAUUUGGUUUAAUCACGAACUUCUCUUUCAUACUCAUGGUAUAUCGAGUACCAGACAUGCGAAUCACCAUCAAUUUGUAUCUCGUGAGCCUUGCAGUGGCCGAGGCCUCAUUUUUGAUCACGAGCAUCAGCGAUAGGCUAGUUAUUUAUGCCACCUCUCCAUUGUAUGGGGACGUUGGAAAUCGUGGUACUGCAGGUUGCAUACUAACAAAAUUCUUCAUCUAUACGUCUAUUAUUGCGGCACAACUACACAUACUGGUAUUAGCAGUUGAGCGAUAUUACUGUGUCUGUAGACCACUAAAAGCUCAAGUCAAUCCACGGAAGAGAGCUAUUCGUCUUCUGACAACUAUCUGGUUGGUCUCUGCGAUAUAUUCUAUUAGCUUGUCACCCGCAUUUGCCAAUUUCAGGCUUUAUUGCCUAGUUCAUUGGGACAGCAAGUAUGUAGAUCCUCCAGAGACAUACGGAAUCUGUCUCUCUAUUGGAUACACAGACGAGACAACCGAUAUUGAUAGUUUUCGUAUUUAUUUAUAUUCUACGCAAUCAUUUGCAUUUUUUGCAUCAGUAAUAGUAAGUAACGUUCUAUACGUACUGGUUUUACGGCACUUUCGUAGGAAGAGCGCAUCUGUAGAAAAUCGUGGGAUGGCGCAGACGACACAAUUCCGAAACAUACAAAUAAGAAAAUACUUUAAUCGCAUGCUUUGCUUAAAUGGUUUGGUUUACUUCGUCCUCUUUGCACCAUUUAACAUUUACUUUUUUUUUCAAUUUGUGUAUAAACUUAAAGGCCAUAAUAAACCUGUGGAGCCACACGUAAACGAUAUAAUGAGCACUACAUUUCGUCUUCUAUUGUAUAUCAAUUCUUGCAUCAAUCCACUGGUCUACGGUGCUUCCAACCCAAGAUACCGAAAAGCCUUUGCAGUUGCGUGCUUAACUACAAGAUUGUCUAAAUGCGUAAUUAAAAACGCUGGACAAAGUAGGCAAAGACCACCAACGAGUGACAAACCUAACACUCUGAACAUGGAGAAUCUCGCUACUGACAGCAUGUAA